AUGGGUGUCAUUCGUAAAAAGACCGUCACCCGGGGUGAGGGAGGUGUAAAAUAUGUUUGCGACGUUUGCUCAUCAGAUAUCACAUCCACGGUUCGCAUUAGGUGUGCAGACCAAGCAUGCUCCGAUUUCGAUUUGUGCGUCUCCUGCUUCGCCAAAGGAGAGUCUCGCAAUGCUCACGAUCCGGCCACGCAUGAAUUCCGGGUAAUUGAACAGAAUUCAUUCCCCAUCUUUGAGCGCGAAUGGGGCGCCGACGAAGAACUACUCUUGCUGGAAGGCGCCGAGAUAUAUGGCCUUGGAUCAUGGGCCGACAUCGCAGACCACAUCGGCGGCUUUCGAGAGAGGGACGAGGUUCGCGACCACUAUCUCGAGACCUAUGUUGACUCGCCCAAUUUCCCUCUGCCGAAGAGAUGCAGGCCGCAAGAUUGCGAACUAGCCAAUGAAAUUUCCCGAGAGGAAUUCCAAGCCCAAAAGAAGAGAAGAAUUGAAGACCGGCGAGAAAAGUCCAAGAGCGCACCUGCUCUGCAACCGAAAACCAAGCCGACUGCCAGUGUACCAAGCUGUCACGAAAUCCAAGGCUUUAUGCCCGGCCGUCUCGAGUUUGAAACCGAAUAUGCGAACGAGGCAGAAGAGGCGGUGCAGCACAUGCAGUUCGACCCGGGUGAUGGCGUGAACCCACGGACUGGGGAGCUUGAGCCAGAAAUGGAGCUCAAACUCACUGUGAUGGAGAUUUAUAAUUGCCGAUUGACCCAACGUGUGGAACGAAAAAAGGUCAUAUUCGAACACGACUUGUUAGAGUAUAGAGAAAACACCAAGAUUGAGAAAAAGCGGUCAAAGGACGAGAAGGACAUGCUGCAAAAAGCCAAACCAUUCGCGAGGAUAAUGAAUCACAAGGAUUUCGAAGAUUUCAAUCAAGGCAUUGUCGACGAGCAGAACCUUCGACAAGCUAUUGCACAGCUGCAAGAGUGGCGUAAUCUGAAGAUUGGGGACUUGCGGAGUGGAGAAAAGUAUGAGUCUGAGAAGGCUGCACGAAUACAGAAGGCCAUCCCCCUGGGUUCCAUGGACAGAGAAAGACUUGCCACCAGUCAGCGAUCGAAACAACAACCCGCGCCCGAUCCGCCCAGCGGCGCCUCCCUUCUCGUUGCCCCGGAACUCGCCAUUCGCCCAGCGCAAACCAAUGGUGAGAGCGUCGGUGACAACGGUAAACCACUCGCCAAUGGCCACACCACGAAUGGAGUGAAUGGUGUGAAUGGGGUCAACGGCCACGCCUCAAGUAGAACCAAAUAUGCACCACAGCCGAUUUCCGGGGUUCAGCCUCUGCAACUGAACCAAGAUACUGCCGCGGACCUGCACCUAUUGACACCUGACGAGGCCAAGCUGUGUGAAAUUGUUCGAUUACAGCCUAAGCCCUACUUGAUGAUCAAAGAGCAGAUUCUGAAGGAAGCGCUGAAAACUAACGGAACGCUGAAGAAGAAGCAAGCCAAGGAAAUCUGCAGAUUAGAUUCACAGAAGGGGGCUAGGAUAUUUGACUUUUUCAUCAAUGCUGGAUGGCUGGGUAAGGCGUAA